AGCCUUCUACAAUAAUUUGAUUUGAUAGCUCUACCCGGUCUAGCGCUUUUUGUCUUGAAUGCAAUUCGUAAAUUGAAGAAAGUUUUUUAUAUUAUUGUAGGCCAACCUACUACAUUAUUAAUAUUGAAGAUCUUGUCAUGUUGUCUUCAGUUGCCAAGAUGUAGUUUCAACUCAACUUGAUUAAUUCAGAUAAACGAAUCAGGGUGAGCGGUGAGGGCUUUCAAGUCUAUUGAAUUGAAUUUAUCAGAAUUGGCGCGUUGGGCGUAUGGCCGAGAUAACGAGCAUGCGCAGUAGAGGUUGGUUUAUUGACGCUCUUGCCGAUGCCGAAUCGGUUUCUUCUUGUUCUUGGUUCUUCCACUGAUCCACUCCAGUCCGCCCCCGUUCGUUUCAUCCCUCUACCGCUAGUCUAUCUUUCUGAUUUUGACAUACAGUGGUAGUUGAAUGCAAUGCAUCGAUUUUAUCAUUUGAAGUUAUGAGAGUCGGAUAGUGUCGUAGAUCAUGGAUUUCAUUUAUUUCGGACUAAUCAUCUCCAGUAUUUUGGGAAUUGUAGAGUUGGAUGCAUCUACUGAUGACCCGAUACCUGACAAUGUGUUGUCAAUAUGGUCCGAUCGCAUUGGAUCCGAACUUUAUGCACUCUCUGAAAUGAUGACAAGACGAAAUAAAAUACUUGAGAGCUUCAAAGAGGCACGAGUUGAGCCAUUGCAGGGAACAAAAUUAGUCGAAGAUAUAGCCAAGGAUUUAAAGCAGAUGAUGGAUGCUAAAAUGAAAGCUAUCGAGAGAAUCAUGGACACAGCACAGUCGGCCGCCAAAGAGUUCAUGGAUAAAGGCGGCAAGAUCCCUGACGACUACAAGUAUUACAACUCGAAGCAUCUGGUGGAGCCGGGUACCCUGGCAGUGGAUCCUCUGCUGCAGGUGCGCGACGAACCCAAAGAGGUCGACCCCGACAAGCAGGAGCCUCCCGACCCUCGCAUGGAGAUGCAACUCGAGCCCAACCGACACUUCAAUGGCGUCUUCGUCAACACCACUCUCAGCGCUGUGCAUGUGCCAACCAAUAUCUACGAUCGCUCUGAGAAUGUCCUUCCUGCAAUUGUUUGGUCUGAAAAGCUGGAACCGAUAUUCAGAGACAACUACCUUCGUGAUCCAUCCAUGAGUUGGCAAUAUUUUGGGAGUUCAUCCGGAUUCAUGAGGCACUAUCCUGCUAAAAGAUGGGAAACCGAGCAUGUGGAUCUGUAUGACUGUCGCACGCGGUCGUGGUACGUGGAGGCAGCCACCAGCCCCAAGGACGUCCUCAUCCUCGUCGACAACUCCGGCUCUAUGACCGGCGAAAGGAAGGAAAUCGCCAGACACGUUGUCAACAACAUACUUGAUACUCUUGGAAGCAAUGACUUUGUUAAUAUUCUGGCGUUCAUCAAUAUUACAAAGGAAGUUGUACCUUGUUUCAACCGGUCUCUCGUACAGGCAAGCUUAGCGAAUGUACGAGAGCUGAAGAUUGGCAUGGAAAAAAUGGAGCAAGCAAAGAAUAUUGCGAAUUUCAAAGUUGCUCUUGAAGACGCUUUUCAAAUACUUAGAAAUCACUACAACUCGAAUCGAGGCUCACUGUGCAACCAGGCGAUAAUGCUGAUCACGGACGGAGUGCCCUACAACUACCAGGAGAUAUUCCAGAAGUACAACUGGGUGGAUUACCCGGUGGUGGCAGUGCGCAUGUUCACCUACCUCAUUGGCCGCGAAGCAUCCGAGGUGCGCGAGGUCAAAUGGAUGGCUUGCGCAAACAGAGGCUACUACGUUCAUUUGAGCACAACUGCUGAAGUGCAGGAGCAAGUACUGCAAUAUGUUCCAGUAAUGGCUCGACCGAUGGUACUCCAAAGAACACAGCAUCCAAUCAUUUGGACACCUGUUUAUGCUGACAUUACUGACCCUCGAAUGACAGAUUGGUUGUGGGAGUUAAACGAACGAGAAGAACAGCGUGAAAGGUCAUUGCUGUUCCGUAGACAUAAAGAGGAUCAAGAUAAAAAAUAUGUUAUCAGACAAAAAAAGAUCAAAGACUCUGAUUCUGAGCUUCAAAAGUAUAGGCUGAUGACGUCGGUUGCUAUACCAGUCUAUGAUACACGAGAUAGAGCGAAGGUACAAACCGGUGGCCCAUGCAAGCCCGUCGACCCCAAUUGUAAGGAGCCUGUUGAGACCAAGGUUGCUUACUUGUUAGGAGUGGCUGGAACUGACAUUCCUAUCGAGGAUAUAGUGCAAUUGACAAGACCGCAUGUGCUGGGUGUGAAUGCAUAUGCUUUCAUUGUGACAAACAAUGGAUAUGUCCUGAUGCAUCCUGACCUCAGGCCAGUAUUCCAAGGCAUUCUCAAACCGAGCUACAAUAGCGUUGACAUGACUGAUGUCGAAAUUGUAGAUGAUGAUAGUCGUGCUAGAAAUUUUAGCGCUGAACUCAUCAGGUUGAGAGAUGCCAUUGUGAAUCAGAAAAAGAAUCAGAAAACGCUCAAGGUUAAAUACCACCUCGAUAACUUGAGACGUGCAGUGACUGGUAAACGGCAGUAUUUUUAUCACCCGAUUGAAGGUACACCGUUCACCCUUGUACUGGCUCUUCCUGGGCAUAGUGAUCUACACUAUAAGGUUUCAGCCGAAAAAGAAAUAAAACGACUUCUUAGUGCGGCCAAGUACAAAUCAAACACAGCUUUAAACUACUUUGAAGGAAAUGACUGGAGUAUACAUCCUGACUGGAACUACUGCAAGUACUAUUACAAUGAUGAUCCAGUGCUGAACAAGAGGCACGACUUUGCCUCUGCCGAGGAAGAGCUGGUUCACUUCAUCAACCGCACUGGCUGGCCUGGCUGGAAAUGGCCCAGUAAGCCAACCGAUCUUCGUACUAACAACUCAAGCUCUUCGAAAUCAGAUAAGAGCGAAAGCGAAAAAGGGCAUGACCUCAGGCGGGAGUCAUAUUUCUGUGAUAGGUCUCUCUUCUUGUCACUAGUAUUUGAUGCAGCCGCUACUGCAUGGUUCAAUGACAGUGUGUGGUCAGUUGGAGUAAUUGAAGAGAAAAACCCCAUCGCAAAGCUGAUGGUGUCUUUGUCAAGAAACGAUUUUAUGCAACGGUUUGGACCUGUGACGGUUUUUGUGGCAACAAGAAGUGGCCUCACGCGAUGGCAAGACUUUCCUUCAACUGAAAAUGAUAGAGCAAUGCACCGAUCAUUCGGCAAGGAGAACCGUAGAGCAAUAGACGAGGUUUGGUACAAGAGGGCAGUAGACCAACAUGCCAUCAUCGCGGAUUCUUACGUGUAUUCCGUGCCAUUUGAAGCGGACAUAGAGGAGGAUGAUAGGAGGGACAUAGUAGUGACGGCGACGCGUGCAGUUUUCAUCGAGACGCGGGGAAAGAAGGCUCCAGCUGCUGUCAUAGGAGUGCAGCUCAAGCAUUCCGCACUGCAAUCACUCUUCAUCAAUAUCACAUACACUUGCAAGGACUGCAAGAAGACGUGCUCGAGUGACGAUGUGAACUGCUACGUGAUCGACAACAAUGGCUAUGUGGUUCUGUCGGAGGAGCCGCGCGACACGGGCCGCUUCUUCGGCGAACUGUAUGGCGGCGUGAUGGAGCGACUCGUCGACGAGGGUGUCUUCCGGCGCAUCAGGCUCUUCGACUACCAGAGCGUCUGCUUCCGGCUCGCCAAGUGCGGCGAGGGCAAUCUCUCAUCCAAACUGCAAUCGCCUCUAGUGUGGUUGGGCUGGUUUUUGAACUGGUUGAUCGGACACGUAGCCUUGCUGCUGAUGCAGAUGAAUAUGCAGUGGGUUGGAACUCUAGCAUCGUUCUACACAACUGAUGAGAAUUGUACAGCCGCCUCGCCGCAAAAAUGCGGGAGUGUGGUUUUGGCGGGCGAAAAGCCCGCUGUUAGCACAACAAAGCCUCCCAUUAAAGUGACGGAUUAUCCGGAGUACGGACCAGAGUCGGAGUGCGACGACGAGGCGGGUGGAGGGGAGGGAGGAGAUCGCAAGCAGGACAACACGCUGUAUGCGAACGCGAUCAUCAACCGCACGCGCCCGCGACCCUGCGACAAGGAGGUCGACCUCUACACGCUCGACCAGAAGCACCACAAGCUGUCACUCAAACUGAUGCCUCCUUCGCGACAGGCCAAGCCUUGUGACAGGCCGUUCAAGAUCGACAUGAUUCCGAACAGCAACCUGGUGUUGGUGGUGGUGAACCGCCUGUGUCCCCCCCUGGGCGACAGCGGCCCCCUCACCAUCAGCCACAAUGAGGUCAACUACCGCGCCUCCCAUAACAUGACACUGGCCUGCUACAAGUCACGAGAGAACAACCUCUCUCGCAAGUGGCCACAGCCAUGCAUCAAGCAUCAUCCUGAAGAAAUAAACAUCACCGAGCUUUGUGGCGAUGGCUGCUCCAUUCGGCCAAGCUUAUGGAUGAUCCUAUUGGUCCUCGCCUCUUAUUUCGUCAAUAAACUUCUAUAGCAAUAGUGAUCCACGGUGCUAACCUGAUUUUAAAUUCGGCGUCGAUUCUCAGCGUAAAUUGCUAAGGUCACGUCGAUCUGCUGGACUGUGAUAUCGCAUCCCAAUCAUUAACGAUCAUCAUCACCAUCAUCUUGUACCAAAUGACUCAUCAUAUUUUAGUCAGUUAUUAGCUAAAAUACAUUAUCGAUUUGUAUGUUGACUAUAAUAAUGUUUAUAUUGCUACCGCUAACUAUGUCAAACAUAAACUUGUUGCUGUUUUGUUCAUCUUUAAGGUUAUUGUUAUCUUGUUUGUUCCAACUGAAUAUGUGUAAAUCAUUCAUACUAUUUUUCUUCUCUAUUAUGGCUACUCUAAUUAAUCUAGACUGUUUUAAAUUGAUCUCAUUGAUAGUUAAUGUAAUGUAAUUUAUUUUGACAUGUAUUUAUCGAAAACCCAUCGAAUUGUUUCAAAACAUACUUAAAGUUCACUUCAACAAAGUCAAUUAAGAGAUGAUUCUUGGUUUAUCUGUUUACAUAGAAUAUUACUGCACCCCUCAAUCAUUUUUGAGAAAAUAAUUCCCAUCGUUUAUCACUUCCUCUUAUUAGGUAACAUACUGCUAUUUACAAAAUCGUUGAGAAAGUAUAAGUGUCUGGUAAAUUCCAAAUGUUUAUAUUCUAUAAAAUUAAUCAUGAACUCAUUAAAGUUAUUAAGGAUAUUUUAUCCAAUCAUGGUGUGAUAUUUUUUAUAUCAGAUCAGUGUUAGAUUCAUUCGAGUCAUGCACAUGAUCAACAAAUAACAUCAAUUGUUGAUGUCCAAUAGUCAAUGCUCUCUGAGACAACUUGAUUAUGACACGAUGUGGAAAUUUAUGAAAAUCAACGACAAUCUUAUGAUAUUUUAAUGUUAUAUGCAAGAAACAUGACAGCAUGUUCACUGAUUUAAGAAUAAUUCCAAAUUCUAAAUGGGUUACUUGAAGUUUUCUUUGGAUAUUUUGAACUUUGUUUGCCACAAACUGGACUUCAUGCCCAUAGAUUUAAGAACACUUCAAAAUUCUUAAUGGUUACUUGCAGGUUCUCUGGGUAUUUUGAACUUUGUUUGCAAUAAACUAGACUUCAAGCACUCUGAUUUGAGAAUCAUUCCAAAUUCUAAAGGAUUUAUCUAUUGCAGGUUCUUUGAAAUUUGUUUGCAAUAAACUUGACUUCAUUCCCACUGUUUUGAAAAUAAAUCCAAAUACUAAAGGAUGUAUCGCAGGUUCUUUGAACAUUUGAACUUUAUUUGCAAUAACUUGACUUCACGCCCAUUGAUUUGAGAAUAGAUCCAAAUUGUGAAGGGUUACUCAAAGGUUCUUUGGGUAUUUUGAACUAUGUUUGCAAUAAACUUGACUUCAUGCCCACUGAUUUGAGAAUAAUUCCAAAUUCUAAAAGGUUACUUGCAGGUUCUUUGGGUAUUUUGAACUUUGUUUGCCACAAACUUGACUCCACCCACUCUGAUUUGAGAAUCAUUCCAAAUUCUGAAGGAUUUAUUGCAGGUUCUUUAGAUAUUUUAAACUUUAUUUGCAAUAACUUGACUUCAUGCCCAUUGAUUUGAGAAUAAUUCCCAAUUGUAAAGGAUUACUUCCAGGUUCUUUGGAUAUAUUGAAUUUUGUUUGCAAUAAACUUGAUUUCCUGCCCACUGAUUUGAGAAUAAUCCCAAAUUCUAAAGUAUUACUUUCAAGUUCUUUGGAUAUUUUGAACUUUGUUUGCAAUAAACUUUACUUCAUGCUCACUGAUUUGAGAAUAAUUCCAAAUUCUAAAGGCUACUUGCAGGUUCUUUGAAAUUCAAAAUAAAGCUUCAUUAGAAGAUAAUAGCCCAACAGAUGGAGGAACCAAAACACCUUAUGAUAAUAAAAGUAUAAAGUAUAAUCAAUGUAAUCUUUUUUUUCUUCAAGAUAAGAAUGUCAUUGAAUAGCUCGAAAUAAUUAGAUGGUACAAUAUCCAUCAGUAAGAUUGUUGUUGAUUGGCAGUCAUUUAAUGCAUUUUAUCAUUUGCUUUUCUUUCCAUUCCAAUUGAUUGUUCUAGAUCUUAUUUUAAGGGAUAACGUGGCGUAAUGUAAAGUCAUAAAUAGUUACAUAUUUCCUAACAUUCAUAUUAUGUCCCAUUAAGCAUGUAAUCGAAUAAAUUUAUUCCAUUAAAAUAAUAUAAAUGAAUCACUGAAUAUUAUUUGUUUCUUGGAUAGAACUAUUAUAAUACGGGGUUUUAAUCUAAAUUCAAUUGAAAAGGUCUCAUCUAAUUUCAAUACUUCUUGCAUUUUGUAUUUCUCAUCGUUUUUUUAUUCAAUCAUUCCAUAGUAUUGUCCAUAGUUGACUAAUUUUUCCAAUGUCUAUCAAUAUUGUUUUUCUGGCAUAGAAAGAGUAAAUUUUCUAUAGAUAAAGAAUACAUUCUAUAUUAAAGUUCCGAUAUGAAUUGAAAUCAAUUUCUAAUUUAGAGCUUUGAGCUGUUAUUAGAAAAAAUCAUCUUAUCUGGAUUAUCUGCCAUGAACAUAAAAAAAUCCAUUUAACAAAAAUCAUGUUGUACCCAUGAAACUAUUAUUGUUAAAUCUCUUUCAAACUCACUAAUACGUGCCUCAAUAUAGUCCUAAGUCCUACUCUGUUAUUGUGCUGAAUGAUUCUAAUUCAUAGUUAUGCUAAUAUGAAUUAGAGUACUCGAAAUAUAUUUUAUGGUAUGAAAAAAAUUUACUUCAUUCCUUAUUAACAUUGGUUAAUUUAUAGAUAUUCAAAUUAUACAUAAAUAUGAUAGCACCCUUCAUCUAAUAAUCUUGUAUUUUUUCAAAAAUUAUUGUAAAAUUAUCAAUCGUUGAACUAGUUACUAUUAAAAAUAAUAUCGAUAAGACAAAUGUGUUACUGUUUUUAAAUAGUCAUCUUCGUUGAUUCUUCUAUGUAUGCCAUAACUUACAAUAGCUUGUAAAUGAUGGUAAAUAUAAUUUUUCCUCGAAAUGAUGGAGUUUCCAGUAAAAUAUGUCAAUGAAUCCAAUAGAACUAUCCAAAAGAUUAUAUUGCAGAGCGGUGCCGAAAAUACGGUGAAAACCAUAGUUUUCAAACAAAAACCAAUAGUCAUGGACUUUCUUAGCAAAAUUAGAUAACUGUACUUGAACUCUUUGUAAGAAUUUUAUCAAUAUUGCCUAGUUGUUUUCACCUUGAAAUGUUAAUUCUGAAAAGAAAGACCAAUUACUACAGUAUUAUCAAUUUAUACGAAAUACGAUUCUCAUAAUAUUCUAGUUGAACUUAAUUAUCCACACCUCUACAUUACCAUAAUCAAGGUUUAAGACCGUAAUACACUCUUUAUUCUAGUAAAAUUUUGAAUUUCACAAUUUUUAAAGUCACUAUCCAUAAUCGGUUAUCAGUAGAACCAAUUCUAUCCUGUUAAAUCUUAGGGGCAUUCGAAUAAAUAUAGCUUCAAUUAUGUGUACAUUUUUAAAUACAGUAUUGAGUUUUUUUUCUGAUUCCACUCGCAAUCUCAUAAGAAGAACAUUUUUCAUUUGUUUAUCCCUAUUCAAAUUACAUUCUUCUUUUCAAUGCUUAUCAAUAAUGAAAAAUUUAUUCUAUAUUCCACUAAUCAAUAUUUUUAAUUAUAAAACGCCGUCCAUUAUAAAAUGUUUGUAUUUAUAAUGUGGCAGGUGGUGAUGUGCCAAGUUCCUUAGACUCAAUAAUUUUCUGUGUCAAGAAUAUUAUCGAACUUUUGCUUGUAUACUUGCUACAUAUACGUAUUUAAGAAUAUUCUGCAUUUAAUAACAAAACUCACUCCCUAAUAAAAAUGGGUUUUCUACAUUCCAUAAUAAUAUUGUCAACUGAGAUAUUUAGAACUACCCGUUGUUAUUGAAAGUGAUGGAAAUUCCGUAUUAUUCAAAUAGACUAACUUGUUACAAAUUCAUCUUAUGGAAUCUUAGCAGUUUCCCUACCAAAGAUAUGAAUGAUAUUCUUGUUAUUUUUAGACAUCAACCACUUGCAUAUUAAGAGCUGAAACUUUAUUUGUAUUUUUUUUAACCAACAUAUUCAAUGUCAUUUGUUUGGUUGAUAUUAAUGUCUAUGUAAAAAUGAAAUUGUACUAUAAACUUUUAUAUGUCAUUCAAUGAUGUGUAAUAAUUAUUGACUCCAGAUCUGCCUUUUGUUAUCGCUAAAUAAACAUGAAUUACUUGCAGUUUCA